AAAAACAUCAUGGGUUUAUCGCUUUCUCUCUUCAUUUUCAUGCCCUUGCUUUUAUUACUUUCACAGUUCCAUCUUAUUCUCGCUAAUUCGCAACCCUUGUGCCAUCAUGAUGACAGCUCUGCCUUGUUGGAAUUCAAGGAAAGCUUUGUCAUAAACAAGUCUGCUUCUCCUUAUGAUCCUUCGGCUUAUCCAAAGGUUGCCUCUUGGAGAGUAGAAGGAGACAAAAGUGAUUGCUGCUCAUGGGAUGGGGUGGAGUGCGAUGAGGACUCGGGUUAUGUAAUUGGCCUUGAUCUCAGUAACAGCUUACUCUAUGGUUCUAUUAAUUCCAGCAGUAGCCUUUUCCGCCUUGUUCACCUCCAAAGGCUUGACCUUUCCUACAAUCACUUUAACUACUCUCCUAUCCCACCCCAGGUACGCAAUCUUUCAAGACUAACGUAUCUCAAUCUCUCUGGAUCUUCCUUUUCUGGUCAAAUUCCGUUUGAGAUUUCACAAUUAUCGCACUUGUCAUCCCUCGAUUUGUCCGAUAACACUUAUCCCUUUUUGGAACUUAGGCCCAGCCUAAGAAGUCUGGUUGGAAAUAUGACCCGCCUACAAAAGCUUGAUUUGACUCUGGUGAACAUUAGCUCUUCGGUGCCUAAUAUUUUAGCAAAUUUGUCUUCUUUAACGUUCCUCUCUCUUUCUGAUUGUGGUGGUUUGCACGGGGAAUUUCCAAUCGGCAUCUUUAAACUGUCAAAUUUACGGUAUCUUAACGUAGGUGGAAAUAAAGGCCUCACCGGUCAUUUGCCUAGCUUUACAUGGAGUAGUCCGCUUGAGAUAUUGGAGAUCACAGGCACGAAUUUCUCUGGUGAGCUACCCGCUUCCAUGGGAAACCUUGGCUUCCUGAAUAAGUUGUUCUUGUGGGGUUGCAAUUUCUCGGGGUCCAUCCCAUCUUCGCUCGGUAACCUCACUAAACUCACUUUACUUGACUUUUCAGAGAACGCUUUUGUGGGUAACAUCCCACCUUCACUUGGUCCUAUACCUUUUGAGCUCAUAAACUUGCCACAACUGACUAGUGUUGAUCUAAGCAACAAUCUUUUGAGUGGUGAAAUUCAUUUUGGGCUUAAGAACAACACACAAUUGGCCUCCAUUGUCCUGAGCAACAAUCGGUUAACUGGUCCAGUUACUUUUGGGCCUAUGAACCUCACUCAAUUAUCUAACUUGGACCUUUCAGGCAACAAGCUUCAUGGUCAAAUUUCAAACUCAAUCUUCAACCUCAAGAAUCUUGAAUUUCUUGAUCUCUCUAAGAACUACCUUGAUGGCAUUGUGGAGUUUGUUGAGUUUGUUAAGGUCCCAGUUUUACAUUCUUUGGAUAUUUCUGGUAAUCAAUUGAGCGAGUUUCCGAAUUUUCUAAGAAACCAACAUGAAUUGGAGUAUUUGAACUUGUCCAACAACGAGAUUCAUGGCCAAGUCCCAGAAUGGAUGUGGAACACAAGCAGCACAAGCCUACAAAUUCUUGAUCUUUCCAACAACUUUCUCACAGGCUUCGGUCAUCAUCUAAUUUUUCUUCCAUGGACUCGUCUACAAGUUCUUGAUCUCAAGUCCAAUUUGCUCCAAGGAUCACUUCCUAUUCCGCCGGUCUCCACUUUUAUUUUUUCUAUUUCCAACAACUCAUUGACUGGAAAUAUACCAGAAUUGUUUUGCAAUCUGAGUUCUCUUAAAGUCCUUGAUUUGGGAAAUAACAACUUAAGUGAUUCACUUCCUCAAUGUUUGGACAACUUUGGAGCUUCUCUAUCGGUUCUUGAUCUGCGAAAGAACAAAUUUCAAGGAAGCAUUCCAGAUACUUGGAUAAGAAGUCAAUAUUUGAGUAUAAUAAAUUUCAGUCAAAACAAAUUCCAAGGGCAUUUAUCGAGAUCGUUGGCUGAGUGCACGAUGCUAACGGUCCUUGAUCUUAGUGAUAACCAAUUCAAUGAUAAAUUUCCAUUUUGGUUGGGUCAUCUUCCAAAUUUUGAGGUCCUCAUUUUACGGUCAAACAAAUUCAAUGGUCCAAUGGAGACACCUCAAACUUAUUUCAAGUUCCCCAACAUGCGAAUCCUUGACAUCUCCAACAAUGAUUUGAUGGGAAAGCUGCCAUUAGGACUUCUUGAAAAUUGGAAGGCCAUAAAAUUUGAGAAUGUGGCUUCUUCAACAUAUAUUCAAGAAGACUUAUACCUCAACAUACCAAAAAAUUCUGACUGGGAGUAUCAUCAACAUCAAAGUACUUAUACUUACUCUAUGACAAUGACAAACAAAGGCAAUAUUAUGUUCUACGAGAAAGUCCAAGAAUUGUUCACAGCCAUUGAUUUCUCAAACAACAAAUUUGUUGGUGAGAUUCCAAAAUCUAUUGGAAAUUUAAAGAGAGUUCAGUUGCUGAAUCUUUCGAAUAACUAUCUCACCGGUCACAUCCCUUCGUCUUUAGGAAACCUUACAGAGCUGGAAACAUUAGACCUUUCUCAGAACAAAUUGUCAGGAGAGAUUCCUCAGCAACUAACACAACUUACUUUCUUAGAAGUCUUCAAUGUUUCUCAUAAUAGUCUCACAGGACCUAUACCACAAGGAAAACAAUUUGAUACAUUUGAUAACAAUUCAUUUGAAGAUAAUCCAGGAUUGUGUGGGAAACCAUUGACAAAGAAAUGUGGGAAUUCUGAUAAAGCGCCUUUUCAACAUUCAAUCAUUGAAGCAAGCCAAGACUCUGGAUCACCAUUUGAAUUUGGUUGGAAGAUAGUUAUGAUUGGAUAUGGAUUUGGAUUUGUUGUUGGAGUAAUAAUUGGGCCCAUUGUGAUCGCAAGGAAGCACGAUUGGUUAAUGAAGACCUUCCGAAUAAGGCCACCGAGUAGGAGGAGACGCUAAAAUUAAGUAAAACAGUCUGGACAUGAUGCCUUCCCAAAGCAAUAUAUGUAUUAUUAUUCCCGUGUGUUUUUACUUGUAAUUUUUUUUUCUUUUUUUUUGUGUAAUGCGUUCCUUUCUAUUCUCAUUAUUGUUUUGUGUAUUUUGGAUUAGCGUGACAUUACAAUGUUGUAUGUAAAAUAUAUGCUUUAGUAA